UCAGAUCAUCUACUACACACACAUCGAGUAUACACAAGCAACUCUGUAAGAUCUGACGUUCUUGGUGUGUGGUUGAACACAUUAGCUGAAGAAAAUUUAUUGAUAGAAAUAACUUUUGAAAAAAUCCAUUUUAUUCUUUAUCAUUGGUCCACGAUGUGGAAAGAACUUAUAACGUUUACAACAUCUUCACAUCCCAUGAAAACCUUUAUUCUUCUGUUGAUGAUAUGGGAAGUCACGGGUUUCUUGGAUUUUGACGAAGACAAACGCCAAGUCGUAAUUCCUUAUCCUCGUGUUGGACGAUCUUUCUGGAACUGGUCGGAAGACAAACGUCAAGGUUUGAUUCCCUUUCCUCGAAUUGGACGAACUUCCCGGAACAUGACAGAAGACAAACAAAGAGUUCUGGUUCCGUUUCCUCAAGUGGAUCACUCUGAAGAGAAAGAUUUGCAACUAGCUCUUAUUCCACGUCAAGUUAUUCCUUCACCACGAUUCGGUCGAUCAUUUACUUCUGGUAUUGGACGCCACGUUUUGGUUUGGCCCGACUCAUUGCUUGUUCAGCAGGAUGGAGACAAACGAUCAUUCUUUACUCCACGCAUCAGUAGAAUUCUGUUCAUACCCCGACUUGAUAAAACAGACAGCGACAGUGACAGUAAUAUACUAUACACAGGGUAUUAAAUAAUAAUUAUUACAAUAAGACACGAAGUUCAAACGACCUCGUUAACGAUGAAUAGCCAUCUGAGGCUUGAAAUAUGUACUUACCUUUUAUAAAUAUGCUCCAAAAAUAUACCAUAUUGAAAAUACUUAAGUUAGUUAUUGUGUGUAAAUGUAUAAUAUUGUGUUGCUCUAAUAAAUGAACUGCAAGUUA